AUGAAGCUCCUGGUCUUAAUCUCAACACUCGUGGCCACUUCGAUAGCCAAACCUCAGGGCUACAGUCUGGGUACGCCCUCAGGACCAAGUUUUGGAAUUGGAGGUCCGGGUCCAGGAUUUGGCUCAGGAGGAUGCGGCCCCGGACAGGUGCUGCAUGUCGACGGCAGGUGUGUCACUCCACGCGUCAACCGUAAAGUUUACUUAUAUGACGCGCCACCAGCACCAAUUUCCCACGGUCCUCCUCCUUACAUCCCUGAGCCAACCAUAGAAACAAAUAUUGUGUUCAUCCGAACUCCUGAAGGAGGACAAGGACCAGACCCCAUCAUCGUACCUCCACCACAACAGAAACACGUCCUGUAUGUCCUCAACAAACAGACACAACAAGGACAGGAAGUGAUUGAAGUGCCAGCACCACCAGCAACUAGUCCUGAAGUUUACUUCGUGAACUAUGCUGAUGGCGAGAACCCAGUUCUUCCCAGCGGUGUUGAUCUCCAGACUGCUUUGAACGCAGCUUCCCAAGGAGGUGGUCAAGUGAUUGGUGGCGGCGGAGGUGUCGGCGGUGGUUUCGGAGGCAGCGGUGUUGGCGGAGGCUUUGGAGACGGAAUUAGCGGUGGAUUCGGAGGUGGUGUUAUUAGCGGUGGUUUCGUAAGCGGUGGCGAUAGUGGAGAAUUCAUCUCAGGUGGAAGUGGAGGUGGAUUCAUCACGGGAGGUGGUUUCGGUGGAGGCUCCAGUGUUAUUUCCACCCCAUCAAAUCUUUACACUACACCAUAAUGUUUACCAUUGCCAUCAUAACUUCUAAAGAUUUUAUAUAAGGAGCUUUAUAAAAACAAUAAUCAUGAAUGUUUUUUUGUUGUUGUCUAUAUUCAUUUAAUAAAUAUAAAAGAUAAAAAAACAAAACAAUACUUAACCUGUAAUCUGAUGUAUGCGACAGCUACACACACACGCACAUACAAACAUUCGUAAUCCUACAUGUUUGUAUAUGUAUUCUUUAGUACUCGUUAUAGUAAUCUUUUCGUUUUCUUCAUAAACCACGUAAAAGUACAAAUCAACGAGGAAGGAAAUCGAGAUUGUCACCGCCAUAAUUUAGUCACUUAAACAACAACAACAACUUUACUAUUUAGAACGGAGGCAAGUAUUUUGCUGACAAAUAUAGAAAAAGAGGAUCGAAUACAUGUUC